AUGUCAGUGACUUAUGACUCUUCAGCUACCCUUACGAACGCUACAUGGGUUGCUGUCUUGCUGCGCGAUGUGGCCGGGCAGAUCCCACUCAAUUUCGUGACAAACCCUGCCGUAUCUCUGUCGGCUGCUUGCUUUGGCAAUCGGAUAUAUGCCAAAGACGAUGCCGCACAAUGCUUCUCCAAUCUCCUAGCAAUCGGGUAUCGGCGGCUCGUGGUCGAUGUAUACUGGUCAGUCACUCGGAGGAGCUGGUCAUUAUGUCCUGUCAAUGUCCCUGCAAAUGCGGACGUGACUGUUUCCAGUGAAACCUCCACUGUGAGCAGUACCUCGGAGACUUCGACCGUCACAACGGCGGCGACCACAACUACAGCCAUGAGUGCCGAACCCGCGACCAUCACCGGAUACGAAGAUUCACAUGGCGAUACCGUCUAUGAGCUGGGACAGUAUAAGUGCACUGAUGACCUUGAUCCAUUCACUCUGGCCGAGGUGCUCGUUGGAUACUUCAAAGAUACCAACUCUCAGUUGACCGUGUAUACGUCAUACCUGGUCCUCAAUCUACAUGUCGCGGCAAGUGAUGAUACGCCAGACGAGCCCGCUUCUGCGAUCACCGGGGGUGACCUGCCUUCGGGAUCGGAGCGCGUUGGAUCUCUGCUCGGAACAGCUCUGGGCGACUUUAUUUACAGCCCGGCACAGCUUGCGGAGGACCGACGAAAUCUCAAUGAUUCUUGGUAUCGGGUUGAGCAGAGCUACAUGCCGAUCACGGAGUACUAUACAAUCCAUGAAAAUGAAGCAGGGGAACAGAGUACUCCGGAUGGAUGGCCAUCGUCGAAGUAUAUCCAAUUAGCAAAACGUGAUCGAGUGCUCAUUGAAUAUGGGACUGUUGAUCCCCAGCUUGCGGAUUAUGACCUGACCGCAGAUGAGAACUCCAUCUUUCCUCCGGGAUAUCUCACAGCUAGCUCAAAGGUUUCUGCGACCACCAACGGUACACUCACAUCAGGUUGUCUUUACAAAUCAGGCGCCACGGAUGUGGCUCAGGCGAACUCGUCCUGGGGCGUAUCUAACAACAUCCCUGUUCCUGCCGGUCUUUCCGUUGAAGAUACCAUGGGUUCAAUGACCAACGCCAUCUCCGACAUUACAGCUUGCGGCCUGUCACCGACACUCAACACCACAUUGUUUGGGUCAACUGCCGACACUCAGAUCGAACAUUACCGCAACGUGUCUCUGUCAUCUUCCUGGGCCUGGGCUAUCGGCGAACCACAUGACGCAAACUUUGCCGGUGGCGACGGAGACCCCAAGUAUGAUCGAUGUGCAAUCAUGGAUCUAACACUGGAGGGCCACUGGAGAUCCACGAACUGCACAGAGCAGCGGCGGGCUGCAUGUCGAAUCGGAAAUUCACCUUUUUCAUGGGUCCUUUCGGAUACAUUCGCAUACUUCUCCAAUGUGUCCGAUACUUGCCCGGAAGGGUCGAGUUUUGCCGUUCCACGCACUGGACUUGAGAACCAAUUCCUGUACCGCCACCUGCUUUCCUUGCCCGAGUCGAAAAUCGACCCGGGAUCUUCAAACGCUCUUCUUCGCGAAGUAUACGUGAAUUUCAACUCCAUUGAUGUUACCUCUUGCUGGGUCUCAGGCGGCUACGGGGCUAGCUGUCCGUAUGCAUCUGACCCGCAACAGCUCGAGCGCAGAACCGUGCUCGUCGCUGCAGUCGCCGGUAUCAUCAUUCUUGUUAUCGCUGCCUUGACCUUCUUUGUGAAAUGUAAUGCUAAUCGCCGGAAUUCUCGGCGGAGAAAGCGUGCCAUUGAUGGGUGGGAGUACGAAGGUGUUCCCUCAUGA